AUGGACAAGAGUUGGAUGACGAUAAAUAAUAGGCUGACAAGUAAAGAGUAUCAACAAGGGGUGAAGUCAUUCCUUGAUUUUGCUACGGCAAAUUUAGGUGUGGAUGAUGAAAUUAGGUGUCCGUGUGUCGAUUGCAUUAAUGGCACAAAAUAUAGCAGACAAGUUGUGUGGAUGCACUUGAUCCGAAGAGGCAUGGCAUCUUCAUAUCUAACUUGGGUGCAUCACGGGGAACAUGUUCCCGUGUCUCGUCCUAGUGUAUCAAAUGACCAAUGUGGAGGUAGUGGCAAAUGUAUGACAGAUAUCGAUGAUCCAUCCAUGGAUGAAUUGCCUAUUAUGUUGGAAGAAAUUUACGUGAGUGGUCUUAUGGAUGAUCAUACCGACGAGGAACCUAAUGGUUUGGAGAGGGAGGAUUUACAUAAGUUCACUAGGUUAUUCGAAGAUGCACAAUGCAAAGUUCACCCGACAUGUGAAAAGUUUUUUGUGUUAUCAUUCGUCAUUAAGAUGCUUCAUGUGAAGGUGUACAACAAAUGGAGCAACAAGUCAUUCGAUAUGGUUAUGCAGAAGGAGAGUGCUAAUUUGGAGAAAUGCCCUACAUGUGACGCGUGUAGAUACAAGUUGAACGAUGAUGGUGGUAAAAAGAUUCCACACAAGGUAUUGCGGUACUUUCCUUUGACACCGAGGUUGAAAAGACUGUUUAUGUCCAAAAAAACAACCGCAGAUAUGAGAUGGCACAAUGAGAAGCGUGUGGAUGAUGACAUAUUAAGGCACCCGGCCGAUGGUGAAGCAUGGAAGGACUUUGAUAAGCAACAUCCAACGUUUUCUGAUGACUCUCGAAAUUGCAUGAAAAAGCCAUAUUGCAUGAUGUCAUUGCUUAUUCCCGGACGUUCGGCACCUGGAAGAGACAUUGAUGUUUACUUGCAACCACUAAUAGAAGAAUUGAAGAAUUUGUGGGAGCAUGGUGUACAAACAUAUGAUGCAUCGAAUGGGCAAAUUUUUAGAAUGCAUGCGGCGGUAAUGUGGACCAUAAAUGACUUCCCUGCGUACGGUAACAUGUCAAGGUGGAGUACAAAGGGUUACUUGGCUUGCCCUAAUUGUAACAAUAAUGCAUCAUCCCAGGGAUUACGAAGUAAAAUAGGGUCUAUGGGUGCUCGUCGCCACUUGCCUGAGAACCACACUUGGCGAACAAGUAAGCUCUUCAAUGCUUGA